UUAAUUCCUGGCACUAAUACUCAAAUAACACUUCUCAACCCGUCGCCAUUCGUCCUCCUCUGCUGCCCGUUGCGCCACCGCCUCACGCAAUCCGCCGCCGCACCACCGUCUGCCUCUACCUCCGGCCUCAGCCACCGCGACGUCGACAUAUGUGCACCACCUCCGCCUCCGCCAACACAGUUAGCCUGAGCACUGCCAUUCACAGCUCCUCCACUACGCCAGGCCGCGCUUCAACCCGUCGACCAACAACCAAGCCACCGCAACCGCCGGGCUCCACUCCAUUGCGCGCCUCCACCGCGACGCUCUUCAAACCGAGUCCGAUCACUUCUGCGCCAGCGCCCAGACCUGCGCUCACCCAAACCCAGCUGCGCCGACCGGCGCCGCCGGUCUUCAUCCUCCGAUCUGUAGAGAGGAAAGCUUUUCGCAAGUUCAAACCGAGCCUUGAUGAUCCUACAAAUAUUAUACUACCUUCGUGGAGGAGCAUCGAUUACUGCACAUGGGAGGUCUUACUUGUGAUGAGAUUACAGGGUAUAUUAUCCAACUUAUUCUCAGAUACAAUGACUUGAGUGGGCACGACUUUCGAUCCAAAAUGAUUCCUGGGUUUUUAGGAUCGAUGAAGCAACUACAUUAUCUUAAUCUCUCUUCUACUUCCUUUGGAGGAACUGUCCCACAACAUUUUGUCAAUCUCUCAAACCUGCACACCCGUGAUCUCAGCCAAUAAUAACUUUACAUCCACUGAUAACUCAUGGCUUCGCAAUCUGUCAUUAUUGGAGCGUCUUGACUGAAUGGGAUCGACCCUUGUUGUUGUAA